AUGUCGUCUGGAGACAACAACAACAACAACAACGUCAACCUCUUGCAAGGGCUGACAGACACCCUUGGCAAGACUGUCGGAGGCCUCACAGAUACGGUCGGCGGUCUUGUCGGCGGAGUAGGCCAGACGGUCGGCGGAGCUACUCAGGGUCUGGGGAAGACUGUGGGCGGCGUGGGCGAAGGCUUGGGCAAGACGGUCGGAGGAGCCAGUGAGGGCGUGGGAAACACGACCAAGGGCCUCGGACAGUCGACCAGUGACAUUCUGAGCAGCAUCAAUGGCGACCGGACUGGCGACAACGCGCGGAGGUGGUAA